GAACCGUCGAAUAGGAUGUAGCUCAAUGUCGACGCGCGCCAAGCUAAAUAGGGAGAAUAAUGCCCAGUACCGGACCUCUGGCCAAACACUUGUGGUGCUAACAGAAGAGGACAUUGUCAGUCGUGCGCGUGUGUGGCUCGAAUUUCCGUGAAGAUUACAGAGUGGAUGAUGUAGGAAUCGGUAGGAGACAAUGAAUCUCUGUAAACGCGUGUUUCCGAUUUAGCGGCGCCCCCCGGUCGAAGCGGAGGAUCAAAAUGUCGGAGACGGAAGACAUCCGUGCCGUAGUGGAGAACAAUGAUUUCCACAGCAUCAUCGAGGAGGAGAGCGGCCGGUCCAGCUCCGCGGAUUAUUUAGACACUUAUGACGACACGCCGAAGGAAACGAAAGAGCUGUCCGAGGAGAGCAACGAGGAAGAGUUCAAGGAGGACAAGGAGACGUUCGUAGAGACGGUGAAGAAACCGCUUGAGGUGGACAGGAAGGAGAUCACGCAACCAGCGCGUACAACACCGGAAACCAUCACGUCGUCGUCGCCCAGUGCCGUCAUUAUCGACACGAUCCAACCGGAAACGGUGGUCGGUAAGGUAGGGACCGCAGUGAACGGCGAUGAACCGGCCGGUCACGCUGCAGCAGUUGGUCAGUGGAAUUCUACGUUACCGGCGUUAGUGGAGCGUCUCCGUUCAGCGCUCGAACACACCCUAGCGGGUGGAGCCGAAAAGCAGUCGGUGGAGGAGGAGGUGAUUCAACAGCGGCCAACACGCGAGGAUUCCGGCGUGGACUCCGAGGAGGACUUCCGGAUACGUACGUCCAUGGAACGUGUGCUCGUCGGUUGCACCGAACCGGAGCUCAGGAAGGAUCUAAAGUUUCUCGAGGAUCUUCUGUUGUCCGACAUCCAGACCGCCCUGUCGCGGCUACGGGAGACCUUGGAACGUACGGACGUAGCCGCGUUGGCAAGAAACGGCGCCGCAUCCGAUUCCACUGGAAAGCUACACUUGCUGCGACUCGUGUCCAGUCUGUUAUCUAGGCUACAGGUGCCCGAGGUGGAGGAGAAGAAAAUCCUACAAUCGGAGAAAACGACGACCCCGGUACUGCCGUCGACGUCGUUGAGCAGAAGACGCAGAGGAACUAGACACACCAUCGGCGUCUCGACGGAGGAAUUGGCCAGGGCCAGGAAGUGGUUGGAGGAGGAGAGAAACAGCGGUUGCUUGCCGCUGGAGGACGUGCGCCCGGCGAAGGAGAGGGGUCAGAACGGCAACAACGAGGAGACGGUGAAUUUGGAGAAGAGGUCGGAGGAGAUACGAGACAAGUGCGUAAAGGACGCGAUCAAUCAGCGCCAGCUGUUGGAGGACAAGAACAAGGAGAUCAGAGAGAGCUACAAAGGCGGCCAGGAGGUGGACGAUAAACAGGUCGAGAGUACGUGUCGGUAUAAUAAUAUUUACCAAGAGAGUAACGUGAAUAUUGUCGAGGACAACGAGGUGAAGGGCCGAGUGAGCAGAUUGGCGGAGAUACUCGGACAACGGGCCGAGUUAGCGGCCAGUCGGUAUCCUCCGGCAAAUAAGUUCACCGCGAAGAAAUCGAAGAUCAAACGUGCGAACACCAUCGACAUACCCAGCUAUCUGAAGCUACAGACGGAGAGUCUCGGUCGCAAGAGCACUGGCUGCGUUUCCCUUCGGCGACCGAUCAACGUCGGGGACAAGGCGAGCGUUCAUCGUACAGGGACCAUUGUGCCGAGCUUUCAGCCGAGAACGGAGAACGACAGGAAGUUUCUCGCGUUGAUCAACAAGAACAACGACGCGCCCGCGAACACGGUGGUGCCGUUUAAGGCGUUCGGGUUCGCGAAGACAAUGGACGUGCCCCCGUCUACGGCGCAGAAAAACUGGACCAGCCGGUUCUCGAAUAUCAAGACGACCUUCGACAAACCAUCGGGGAACGAGGACAGGGAGAAUAGACCGUCGUUGAAGGAUCGUGCGAACAAGAUGUUCCCCGGGGCGGUACAGAAUUCUUCGUAUCCGUCAAAUUCUGAUUUAGGCUCGAAUUAUAAUUCUCCCGUUAUGAAAGACUUCGGGGGCGGUUUCAGACACGCGCCAUCCUCGCCGUUCAAGAAAAUCGAGAAAUCCCCUGUGUCCCCGUCGAAGGUUCCGCCGGCGUAUCAUUGGCCCAAGAACGCCCCGGUGCCGACGAAUAACUUGAGGGAAAAGGCGAGAAUGAUGUUCGACCGGGAGAACGCACCAGCGAGGUCUAGACCCACUGCAGAUCGCGAGAAACCCGCGUUUCCGCGACCCCCUUGGAUCGAUCACGAGAGGAACGGGACAGUGACGGAGAACGGUCGAAUCGAUUAUAAAUCGUUCUGCAAACAAUUCGCCCCUUUUGUCGGCAAGGCCGCCAUGGAAACGAAGAAGCAGCGCGAGGAACAAAGGAUUCCCGGUGUGGUGGACGGUAAGAUCUCGUUCAAGAUCCCGGAGGGACGCAAACCCCCGAGAAUCCAUCAGUAUCCGGUGGAACGUCCGUUGAUAAAGGAGAAAAUUGGACCGGAGAUCAGGAACAGCUACGAGACGAUCAAAGGAAACGGAGGAUACGGUCAGAAAGAGCCGCCGAAGCCGAGGUUUGCCGACGCUACAUUGCGAGGUAGCUCGUCGGUAGCUGUACAGACCGGUAUCAACGAGGAUCAUCAGGACGAAGGACGAUCGUUCAGAGUAGCGCCGAAGAUUCCGAAAGGAUCUAUGGUUUGUAGCAACGUUUCCGUUCAAACUACCGAUCUAGAGAGACCGUGUGCGUCGAUAAGCGACACGGACACUCGGAAGCAAUGGACACCGAUCGUCGAUGAAGGAUCGACCAUUCAGCGUGGUGUUGACCAUCAGAGAUUCGUCUUGGACCACAAUCAGAGCUAUCGUACGGUUUCAGGUGAUUCCCCGAUGUCCAGUCCACGUCGGUCGUCGAGCGAACAGAACAACAGAGACACUGUUGUUACCCAUCAGGCCGGUCACCAAAAACAACCUGGAAAUCCUGUUAAUCUCCCCAAGGAUCCAACGCACGAGAUUCAGGGUUAUCAGAAGGAAGACGAAGAAGGUCCCGAUCAGCCCGUCGUUUCUCCAACGAGCCUGCCAACCUACGAUCGUUCGCAGAAGGAUAAGUCAACAGCGGACUGGCCCGUAGAGGAUCCGGCGUUCCUGGACGAUCAGAACAUCCAGAACCAGGACAUCAGUCCCGACGUCGGUGUGGUGACACGGUACACCUGCGCGAUCGCCACCGUCGCCACAUCGGUCGACAGUCCUGAACCGCGUUCCGAAGAGCUACCGUUCAUCGAGUCACGCGCCUCCUCGUCACCCUCGCCCUCCCGAUGGUCGUCCAGGUCCAGGCCAACAACCAGCGAGACCGCCACGCCCGAGGACGAGAUACGUAGGCACAAUCUGUUGCAACAGAGCCUGGUCCGGCGUCUGCAGAACGAGAUCGCCUGCCUGAACGACGAACCCCCUCGGUAUCAAGCUGACUCCGGUCAGCAUGUAACCGUGACAUCUAGAAGUGUCAGCCAGUCGUCUGGCGUGGCUGAACCGAGUUACAGUCUCCACCAGAGUCAUCAACCUAGCGCUGCUCACGCCCAACAACGGAACUUCGGUGAAUCCUCCGGGAUCAGUCAGUCACCCAUGUCUAUCCAAGGGUCUCCGCAAAGCAUCGAUCAAACCUCGAACAUCAACCGUCCUCAACAGAUCCCUCAGAGCCACCAACAGAGCUUCGACCAUCCAGCGAACUUCGAUCAAUCGCCGAACGCCCAACCAUCGAAAUUCGGUAAAUUCUUAACUCCAAUCCCCCAGAAAAAGCCAGAACCGUCCAGGACGACCCAUUCGCCCAGUCCAAUUCCAGCGAACCGAGUGGUCUCGCUCCGUGAAGCCUACGAGCUGUCGCCCAGCGGUCAACCGAUCCAGAAGGAACGGUCCCCUGUACCGAACGGGGGGGCGUCGAUCGACUCCAGCGACGAAUACCUGGUCUCCUGCGCGAACAAGUCUUCCAGAUCCAUCGUGUUGUCAAAAUCCGAGUCCUGGCACCAAUUGGCCCAAUCCGCCGGCUAUCCGCGUGCGCCACGUGUCAGCGUACCUACAGCGACAGUAACCUCCAGACCGUCGGUCCAUCCGAAACCACCGAAGCCUAGGUCCCCGUCCUCGCAGAAACUUCGCUCGAAGCAAUUCGAGGCGUCCUCGAUGGCCGACAGCGUGAAGAGGAUGGAGGACAAGAUCAGACAGUACUUCGACAGCCCCGUGGACGCCACUGAAACCAGGGACCAUUCGAAGAGACGUUCACCGAGGACCUUCAACAAGGAAAUGGUCGGCCUGUCUCGUAGCCGUACGAUGCCUGGAAUGUCCGAUGAACGGCUAAGGUUACAGAUACCGAGCACCGUUCAACAGACGCCUCUGCUGAACGUGAACACCGCGGACGUCGAUAAGGUCUUCGACGAUCUGUUCGAGGAGGCCACCAGAACCGAGGGCCGGCAUUGCUGACGCGGACUUCAACGUCGUUUCGUCGUCCUCGACCUGGCGCUAGGUACCAGCCGCGAUCCAAUCGGUUGGGACCGUUGUGGGGACUGUCGUUCUUCUGUUCAUCGGCCCCAACCGGUCGCCACGUGACCUUGAGAACCACUGUGCGGUUAUCUUGCCUCGUGAACACCGAGUGCCGUAUAGUGACACACGAUCCGAGGUGGUCACCGAAGGUAAAGCCGUAAAAGGAUCGAUGAUCCUUUACGGAUGAGGAACUAGGAUUUAUCGUGGGUGAACAAGGAAGAUUCGAAAUCGAUUUUGUACAAGUGUGUGUGGUGGAGGGAAGACCAAAGAACGCGUGUGCUUGGUUUCGGUAUUGUUGCUGCAG